AUGGCUGGAGCAAGAGCCUCGGGCGUCGAUUGGCUGCGGAGAGAGAGGGCGGGGCAACAGUCAGGAAAGCGGAAGCAACUGGCUGAGGGGAGCCGGGGGAGUCUCCAGCGGUUCAACAUGGCGGCGGGGGCGGAGACGUUCUCCCUGCGGGAAGUGCUGGUGGCGUUCACAGCCUGUGUCAGCGAGCAGCGGGAAGUCCGCGUGGACCCGUACCUGGCGGGCUGGAAAGGCCUGGUUCGGUUUCUGAACUGCCUGGGCACAAUUUUCUCCUUCAUUUCUAAAGACGCAGUGACCAAAAUAGAGAUCAUAGAGAAUUACCGUAAUAGUGACCAGCGAGAAAAGUACUUGACCGUUCAAUCCAUGGUGGAGUAUGAGCUGGCUAAUGGCCUGGUUGAUCUCCAACAGCGAUCCAAGCACCCUGACUCAGGCUGCAGAACCUUCUUGCGCCUCCACCGAGCCCUUCACUGGCUGCAGAUGUUCUUGGAAGGACUGAGGACUGGUGAGGACAACUCCAAAACCUCUGUGAUCUGCUCAGAGACGUACAAUGCUUCCUUGGCUAACUAUCAUCCCUGGAUUGUUCGCAAGGCUGCCGGGGUGGCUUUUUGUGCCUUACCCACUCGAAAUACAUUCCUUGAAACCAUGAAUGUGGGCACAGCUGAAGAGGCUGUGGCUAUGCUGGGGGAUGCUUUGCCCUAUAUCUGUGAAGUCUAUAAAAUCACAGAGGAGCUCUAUGCCCAACACAAACUGCUUGACCUCCCCUAGCGUAGGAGAUGUUUGAUUAGAAUAUCUCAAUAUUGAGAUUGCUGGAAUUCACUGUAUGGGGGGGGAGGGUGCACUCAUGUAAAUAAGUGGUUAUUUGCACUAGAGACUGGAUUCUCUUCCUCUCCCCCAUGUCUCUAGUAGAGCCCAUAAAUAACCUGAUUGGUACUCUUUGGCCUUUUAAAAGAGAGCUGACUUAAUUCUUGGCUCCCCUUUUAUUAGAAGAAAUUUGGAAUAAACAUUCCAAAGCCCAUAUUAGCUUGUUUAAACUUAAAGGACUUGUCGCUUUUCUCUGCACUGAACUUCUUUUUCAAAACUUUAUCAGGUUUUGUAAAAACAUAUUCUUUGUAAAAGCCAAACAAAGCACCCAGCCACGAGUGAUCACUUAAUCCUUGUAGCUCCAAUGCCUUUUUAAACAAAAGUAAUGAGGACUCUCCCUUUGUCCUACUCGUGUGAUAAUACUAAAAUUCAGCUAAACUAGGGUUGGAACCUCUUGCUGUGAUAUUGUAAGGCCUGUGUACAGAUGACACUCAUUGCCAUUCAGCCACUUGUUCUCUGGUUGGGUUAGCAAGGUGAUGUGUGUUACAGGGCCUGGUAUUUUGGUUUUGAUGCACUGCAAAGCAGGGCCCUUGAAAUUAUGAUGCUUUCUCUCAACAGAGUGAGCAAUUGAUUACAGACCACCUUCAUGGCAGCUGGUCAUCACUUGCACUGGAUAAUACUUCCUGUCCUUUCUUCUCCCACUCAUCCUCCCAAAAACUAAAUGGUGUGGAGAUGUGGUAUAAGGAUACGUUCCCUCCCCCCCCGUUUUUGUGUGGGGCUGUUGAGAUAGGAAGUCCCUUUGUUAUUUUCUCCCUCUUCCACCUCCCUCCCCCCAGUUUUGUUGCUUGGCCUCAUACCUUUUGGGGGUGGGGAAUAAUCUUUAGUGCAAACUGCACAGUACUGAAUCACAGAAUAAUUCAGAGCCUUAUGGAUGUUGAGGCUACAGUUACAGAAACUACCCCUGGAGUAGACUUUAGGAAAUAAAGGGAAUGCUGAAAGCCUAGAGAAAUGAAGUCCUGCUGGCUGGGUGGGGUAAUUAUGAUUUGUACUAUACAUAAAAUCAUAGUGUUUGCUGAAGCUUAAUGCCUUCCAGUCCAAAUCAAUCAUAAGCUUUAAAAGGAGGGUAAAUCUUCAUGCAAGUGGUAAGGGUAAAAUUGUUUUAGCAAGAAUUCCUAUAUAUGUUGUGUAUAUAAUAGGUGUAUAAACAGGAAAAGGUAUGCAAGCUGGUUAUAAAAUAAUGAAUUGUACUUUAUCAGAUAUUUUCAAAAUUUAUCUUUCACAACACUGCAUGGAUAUUUCAGAAAGAACACUAAUACCACGGCUGUGAAACUAUUUCAAGACAACGUUCACACCUCUCACACUGUGCCCCUGUACAUUUUAUUAACGCUAAUAAAGUGAUCUAGAUAAUCGGAGGCAUUUAAAUGGCCAAUAAGGCCACAAUGCUGGAAUUGAGUAUUACCUCAUGGGUUUGACCUAGCUAGCCACACUACUCUCCCUUAAAUUACAUUAAUAACUUGCCUUCAAAGAGUGGUGGUGUACAGAAACGCCUGCCUUUCUCAGGUCUUUGAAGGCAUGUGAUCUUGGGUCUCAUACAUUCAGGGCAUAUUGAACCUAAUAAUGAGUGGUUGCUUAAUUAGCCAUUUGGGUAGUGAUCAGAAGAGACCCAAUACAUUUAACAGCGGAUUCUAAACUCUCAGCUGCAGCAUGCAUCUCUGUAGAUCAGAAUCUGUCCACAGAGUAUUUCUUAGCUUGAGGAUCAGGAAAGGAGGGUUUCCCCCCAUCUGAUCCAAGGAUGGAUAUUUACCCACAGUGAUUAAAAGAUAUUUAUGCCUCUAGUAUAGCUCUGUGAAAUGUGCCAUUUUCCUUCCAUGUUAAGAUAUUAAUUUAGAAAAGCCCCUUUUAAACUUACUGUAACUUUCAAAAUGCUGUUUACACUCAAUGCCAUGGGGUAGAUCCCCCACGUAUUAAGACAAUUCAGGUAGCUCAGUGUUCCAACGUCUAAUAAAUACUUGCUAUUUUUUGUUUUGUUUUAGCUAAAUGAGUUUUCUUUCUGGUCAGAUGUUGAUAUUUCAUCUAAAAUGUGGUGUUGCAUAUUUUGUGUACGAUUAAAAUAUUGUAUGAAAUUGAAGCAUCUUGCACUACAUAUGAUGUGAAAAAGCUGUAUGUAUCGUAAGUAACAUUUGCAUAAUGCCUUUGUUCCAAGGGUUUAAUAUAAAGGGAGAAACAUCAUCUGAAAACUGUUUAUCUAUUCUCCACCAGUAUGUCCAAGCUAAAUGCUAUUCUUAUAUCAUCAAAGCUGUAAUACUUGAUUCUGCAAUUUCCAACAAGUGGUUUUUCAAUUAAAAAGUCACUUACCAGUGGAAAA